AUGAAGUUCUCCCAGAGCCUCCCUCUCGCCCUCGCUCUCCUCGAGCCCGCCUCUGCCCUCGUCGGUGUCGGCUGGAGCGUGGAAAACGUGCCCGAGGAGGGCAUGAAGGAAAUUACCUUCCCCAUGAACAUCGCCAACACCACCCACGUGGAAGGCUUCUACUUCGCCAACCAGUUCGCAUUCGUGAACCAGGACAAUGUGGGCUACACUGGUCUGCAGCCCCAAGCCGACAAGGACGGCAAGUCCAUCGUCCACGCUGUCUUCUCCAGCUUCAACGAAGGCACCACCACCUCUCACGAGAACUGCCAUGAUGGCGCCGACGGCGGCGCUGGUGUCAGCUGUUAUGUUAACAUCGAAGGCACCUACGACCACACUUAUUUGCUGAACAUCAAGAACACCGCCGACACCACCUGGGUCGGCACUCUUGUUGAUUCCGUCACCGGAGCCAAGAACGAGAUUGGCUCUUGGACCCUUUCUUCCGGCGCUCAGGGUAUCCAGAGCUCCCAACUCGGCUUCAUCGAGUACUUCGUCGGUGGUGUCGACGAGUGCGGUGACUUGCCCAAGACCCAGAUCUUCUUCGGUAACCCUAGUUCUCCUGGCCUUAGCGGAAGCAUGGGAGAGGCCUAUGAGUACGGUGACUGCGUUGGCAAGUCUGGCUUUGAGACCCACCUCACCGAGGAUGGUGUUGAGUCCCAGUGUGGAUUCGAAGGCAAAUAA